AUGCCGACGCGCAACGAACCUAUGCCGCCUCUUUGUGCACGCUCUCGUGCGCACUCUCAGCCUCCAUCAUCCCCGCACACGGAUCGAGCACCUGCAAUUCGAUUUUAUGACCACCAUCGGCCAUAUUACGAAUUCACGAACUUCGCGGCAUAUGCCAUUCACUGGGACGGCCGCAUGUACCACACCGCAGAACAUCGUACGUCCACUGCGGCUCUCUACAAGCAGGUGUUCUCACAGCGGCGUAUACCCUACCCAGUGUUCCAGGCACACAAAUUCAUGCCGGAUAAACCAGAACUGGCGGAGCGCAUCCGCUUGCUCCCCACGUCCCGCGACGCUCUUCGGGAAGCAGGGAACCUGCGCGAGCUGCAGCGCGCAGACUGGUUUGACGUCAACAUCCGGGUGAUGGACGACAUCCUCGAGGCGAAGUUCGCGCAGCACUUGUCGCUGCGUGACAUGCUCCUCAAGACCGGCAACACCGAGCUCAUCGAAGACAGCACGGUUGACUCGUUCUGGGGAUGUGGCCAGGAUGGCCAAGGACGGAACGAGCUAGGCAAAGCGUUGAUGCGGCUGCGCGACAAGCUCAGAGACCGUCCUGCAUUCGCAGGUGGUCAGUUCGUGUGGACAUCUCCCACACCAGAUGCACAGGCUCGCUCUGAAGGACAAUCGCCCUUCGCGCUGCCGGACCCACAGAACAGCCGUGGAACUAAAGUCUGCGUCGCGGGCACGUCGCGGUAUUGGAAGCAGGCGUCAACGGUGAACGCGGCUUUCGCGAUGUGA